AUGGCCGCGUUGAAAAAAUUUUUCAUCAAGCGUAAGCUCGCCAAAAAGCAAAAGCAAAAUCGUCCUAUGCCACAAUGGGUCCGCAUGAAGACUGGAAAUACUAUCAAGUAUAACUCCAAGAGACGCCACUGGAGACGCACCAAACUGAAGCUCUAA